AGCAUUGAUCUACCUUCUUCUCAGCGCAACAUUCUACUUUGAGACAUCGAACAACCAGCCUCACAUCUCCAGCAAUUGCCUACUGACGAGGACUUCUAUAUCACCAUUCAUCCCUGUCUCUCAGCAUAACUGCCACCUCCCACGCACAUACGUGCAACCUCCAGUCACCAUGCAAUUCUACAGCGUCUUGCUCACGUUCUUCGGCCUCGCGGCCGCUCAACAGAUCUACAUCGACCGCCUUCCCGAGUACAGCCUCCUCGAUGCUUGUGCAGAGAACCCUCUCAGCACGGUGGUGCGAGACAUGUACUCCGGAUGCGGUGACGGCGGUGUCUACACCUCCUACUCGUGCUUCUGCACCGCCAGCUCCAGCUACAUGGCCAGCGUGAUCAGCACCGCCGUGCUCAGCUACUGUCCGGGAUCAACCGCUGAUGCCUUGAGUGCAACGGCAGUCUUCCACGAGUAUUGCCAAGAAAAUGCCACGGCCACAGCGUCUUCCACGACCAGCAGCGUGACCCCUGCGGUGACCAACUCGACUGUCUCAUCAUCCACAGCGUCCGCCGCGUCCUCGCCAUCAUCGGCAAGCAGCUCAUCAAGCAGCUCGUCGAGCAGUGGCCUGUCUUCAGGAGCAAAGGCCGCCAUUGGAGUGACGAUCCCAGUCGUAGUCCUGGCCGUGCUUUUGGCCGUGUUUAUCGUGAUGAGAAGAAGGUCACAUCAAAGGAAGCAGACCGACAAGCAGUUCCCAGAGGACGAUGCACCUGCGUACGAGGAGCAUUCAUCAAGAGAUACAAAGGAUGCAAUGGUGGAAGUACCCGGGUCGACGAAACAUGCCUCGGAGAUGCCAAUCGGUAAAGAGCACAGUUACUAUGUGCAGGAGUUGGGGGAUCACGAGAAGAAGGUGCAGCCGGUUGAGUUGCAAUAGGUCAUACACGUUAGUCACCUUGUAUACGAAUAGUUUAUGCUCUCACAGAUAACAACAUAUCGAAUUUACCCAGCACGAUGCCUUUCUUUUGUCAUGCGUUCAAAGCCUUGAUCGAGUCAGCAUGCGACCUUGACCAAAGGUCCCUCGUACGAUGCCAAAAGUCCACACCAUGACUCUGCCAUAGCCCCCGGGCUACUCGACCAAUCAGCGGAGCACGUUAAACACCGCUUGCUUGGCUCCUGCUGCAAGAUCCCUUUCGUCGAGUUUGUCGGUUCGCUCUCUUCCUGC